AUGGCCCAAGAGGAGCCACCUGCGGCUCCCGCAGCUGAUGGCGUGGCCUCGGAACCCAUAGCUUUGAACAACUACGCCGAACCAGCACCCGAACCUGAUACUCCGGGACCCCUCACCCCGACCGCCUUUGCUGCCCCACACCUUCAAACCCGCGGCACCAACCUGGCCGAAUCCCUCUUUGAUGCCGUUGACAAUGACGAGAGUAACAAGACGAAAAACUUCAAGGUUGUUGUUCGUGUCCGGCCCAUGAUCAUGCGCGAACAGCUGCAAAAACCCUGUCUCAAAGUCCAUGACCUUCAGAUGUGCAAGAUUGACCGACCCGCGGCCUUUGGGCGCGAAAAAGAGCACCAAUUUGUCUUUGAUCGCAUCUACGAGCCCAAUGCCAGCCAGUCGGAUGUCUACGACUCGGCCGUGCGCCCCGUUGUCCUUUCCAGUCUUGAAGGUCGACCCCGCUUGCUCUUAACCGCCCAGCACCAGCGUGCUGCUCCUGCGCCCGCGCCCAUUUCCCUUGCCAACGUCAAUGCCCCACCCUCCCUUGUCUUGACGCACAACAACUCUUCACUUUUGGCAGGCUACAACGGCUCCAUCAUUGCCUACGGACAAACGGGCACCGGAAAAACCCACACCAUUCAAGGCACCGAAGCAACUUUAACCCCACCCUUCAACCCCAACCCUAACCGCACGGCCAAAUCCCGCCAUCACAGGAGGCCGAGGACCGAGGCAUCAUCCCUCGCGCUGCCAAUUUACAACGAAAAAAUUAGCGAUCUUCUCAAUCCCGACGCUUUACACAACACUGACGCCAAACAGUUGCGCAUCCGCUCCGACCCCAACACCGACGUCUACGUCUCUGGCCUGUCUGAACACAUUGUCAAGUCUCCGUCCGAAAUUUGCGACCUUUUACAACUCGGCACCAAGAUGCGGUCCACCAGUGCCACCCAAAUGAACCAGCAGUCCAGCCGUUCCCAUGCACUCUUCACCGUCAUUGUCGAGAAAUCACAGGCUGGUACUGAAGACGACGAGGGCAAGAGCGUCACCAUCGGCAAAUUGAACCUUGUUGACCUGGCUGGUUCAGAACGCAUUUCUAAAACCGGCAUCCAAGGCGGCAAGCAGCUUGAUGAGAUGAAAAACAUCAACACCUCACUCACCGCCUUUGGCAAGGUUAUCUUGGCUCUGACUUCGCCAGGCAACCACCACAUCCCCUACCGUGACUCCAAGCUCACGCGCCUUCUGCAGGGGAGCCUGGGCGGCAACUGCAAAACAACCCUGAUCACCGCCGUCACCGCCGUGGCCAACAGCUACCCGGAAACCCUCAACAGUGCCCUCACCGUUUCAUGUCCCGCCCGCGCCUACAGUCUCAAGUUUGCCAAGCGCGCCAAGCAGGUCAAGAACUAUGCAUAUGUGAAUCAAGACCUCAACAACAGCGCCCUCCUUUCGGCUUACGAAAGUGAAAUUAAGCGGCUUCGCAAAGCCCUGGCCGAUUCCUCUCGCGGUGUGGCCGUGACCCAGCUUAAGGAACAAAAGCUACGCCUCACCACCGAGAAAGAAGCCAUGGCCAACGAGCUUGAAGCCCGCACCGCAGCAGUUGCCACAGCCCAAGAGGAAUCCAAGCGCCUUCGGGCCAAGAUACACUCCAUGGAACGCCAGCUCCUCACUGGUGGUGCUGAGAUUGAAGAGUCCCCCGAGUUUCAUGCUGCCGUCAAGGCCAUGGAGGCCAAGUUGGCCAACGAGUACGACGCCAAACUGGCCCUGCUCGAAGCGGAGCGUGAGCAACUCCGAAUGGAGCGGCUUGAAUUCCAACGCCAACGCGCUGACUUUGUGCGCCAAGCCACAGAACUAUCACUUACCAACCCAGAGCUGGCCGCGGCUCCUUUGCUGUCGUCCGAACCCACCGCCUCCAGUAUGGAUGAGGACAUGCGCCACAUGACUCUCAGCACGGACUCAACGCACUCUUCCAUGGCCUCGGAUGCCACCUCUCGCGGCAGCAGUGCCAGCAGCGGUCCUAAACCUGAGGUGACUGAUGUCGACGCUGAUGACCGGGCCACACCCACUCGCGAAGCCGCUGGAUCGCGAGCGAGCUAUCUCCUUCCCCAGCAGUCUGGCCGUGGCUUUGUACGUACUCAUUCCGGCCGGCCCCUCAAGACAACGGGCCGCGCUUCCGCUGAGCUCUCUUCGUCCGAGUCGGAAUCAGAACGCGCUGAGCUCAGCCCCAUGGACACUCUUCAAACGCCCACCCCUUCGCCGGGUCGGACCAAGGUCACCGUCCAAGACGUUGAUUCCAAAACACGUUCAAAAGUUUGCAAGAAUCGCCAUGAUAACAAUGAAAGUGACGGAGCCCAGGAUCAGGAGGAAACCGAGACAGAAACCUCAGAGGUGGAGGAGACGCAGCAGCAGCGACAGGAGCAGCAACGUCAACAGCAGCUGCUCAACAUGUACAUUCGUGCUCUGCGCCACCCCACAACUGGCGUGCCAACGCAGGAUUGCCAGUUUCAACUCAAGCUGCACCGCAACGUCUUUCCUGGCCAAGCCAUCACCCAGUGGGUCAUGCAAAACAUGGAAGGGGUGAACGACGUGACGGCCGCCCAACAGACGGGCCAGCAACUACUCGACCUUGGGUUAUUUGAGCCGCUGGACCCACAAAAGAGUGACGAGCCUUUUGUUUCCUCGCCACAUGUGUUUUACCGCUUCACGCAGUAUAGCACCCAGCGCCGCGUGCGUCAUGCCGUCUCAGCCUCGCAGGUUGCCGGCACAGCUAGCCCCGCUCCCCGCAGCAGCUCUACCCUCUCCGAGUCAGACUCGGCCGUGCCACACCGCACUCAGGAUACCAAUGGUCAUGAUGAGAGCGAUACGGGCAGUGGUUUGGAGAGUGCCGGUAGUAACCUUGGCGUCAGCCAGGGCACGGGGCUUCGAGCACGCCUGGCCCGUCUUGGGUCUACACUGCGGGCCGCGACUCACAUCCGUGGAGCCGGGCGUCCGAGUCAAACUGAGGCCCGCGCUUCAGGCACGGGUCAGAAUUCAGGUGGCGACUUGCUUUCGCCCGGCACAGGCGCCAGUCGCGUGUCGCGGCGUGCGCGAUCUGCUUCCACCGGGGCCAGUGGUGCACGACGGGAACUGCUCGGUGGCCGUCUUGGUGAAGCACGCAGCAGCGAUGCGCUGGAUCGCUCCUUCACCAUGAAUGGUACCACGGCCGAAGAAGAACCCGCUUCGGCAGACGCUCAGCAGCAGUACGAGGAAUGGCAGCAGCACGGUGCCACAAUGCUGCACUCGGCGGCCGGCCAGGGAGACCGUGUGGCUAUCAAGGCCUUGCUGCAAACACUCGACGUCAACAGCUGUGAUGCGCUUGGACGCACGCCGCUCAUGUAUGCCGCCAUUGCCAACCGCGUGCGCUCCGUCGAACUGCUCUUAAAGAGCAAUGCAGAUGCAUCGGCGCGCGACAACAACGGGCGCACAGCGCUUCUCUGGGCGGCCUACUAUGGCCAUGCCGAAGUGAUCCGAGCAUUAUUGCGCGCCAACCGGGAAUUGCUCGGCUUUAUGGACCCUGAAGGUCGUUCGGCCAUUCACUGGGCCUGCAAGCAUCCCUCUACGCGCAGCCUCGAUAUUCUACUGCGUGUGGCGCCGCUGGAGCUAAUCAACCACCGCGAUACGGAACUGGUGACGCCUCUGCACUGGAGCAUUAUGUGCCGUCAUGUUGAGCACCUGGCACGAUUGCUGCGUGCUGGAGCUGACUCGACGGUUGCCGAUGCCGAGGGGCGCACGGCGUUUCACUAUGCCGUAUCCAGCGACACUCCGCGAUGUCUUCGGGUAUGUCCAACCUAG